AUGGAUACGAAGCGUCGAAACGAAGGCAUUCAAGAAAUACGAGACCUGUUGGGGAAGGCGCAAGAGGAAGUACGAGAGGCGAAGGCUAUAAUACAAAAGUUUGAAGAAGGCGAAGCGCAAGGGAAGCUGUUGUUGAAUCUGAGGAAGAUGUGGGUGAACGGAGGAAUGAACGGAGGGCAGCAGCUGUUGUGGGAGAUGCUGGAGGCGGAGAAGAAACGGCUGGAGGAGGAGAAAGCGAUGUGGGAUGGUCAG